CAAUCAUUACUCACCUCCGUAUUUCCCAAAAUGGACCGAAAACAAUCCACGCCGGAAAAUCCCAUCCUCGUGAACCGCGAACCGGACGGGAUCGCCUACGUCACCAUCAACCGUCCAAAGCUGCUUAACUCCCUCACCAAGGCUAUGAUCACGGAUCUCGCCCGGAUCUUCAAGUCCCUAAACCAAGACGAUUCGGUCCGGGUCAUUAUUCUCUCGGGUACGGGUCGGGCCUUCUGCUCCGGCGUCGAUCUCACCGCCGCCGAGGACGUUUUCAAAGGCGACGUCAAGGACAUCGAGACCGACCCGGUCGCCCAGAUGGAGCGCUGCAAGAAGCCCAUCAUCGCCGCCGUCAACGGCUUCGCGGUCACCGCCGGAUUCGAAAUCGCGCUCGCCUGUGACAUCGUCGUCGCCGCUAAGGGAGCCAAGUUCAUCGACACUCAUGCCAGAUUUGGCAUAUUUCCGUCGUGGGGUUUGUCUCAGAAGCUUUCGAGAAUUAUAGGGGCGAACAAAGCGCGGGAGGUGUCGCUGACGGCGACGCCGUUGACGGCGGAGGUGGGGGAGAGGUUGGGGUUUGUGAACCAUGUUGUGGGGGAGACUGAGUUGUUGAAGAAAGCGUGGGAAAUAGCUGAGGCUAUUGUGAAGAACAACCAGGACAUGGUGGUGAGGUACAAGGCUGUUAUUAAUGAUGGGGUCAAGCUGGACCUGGGCCAUGCUCUUACAUUAGAAAAGGAGAGGGCUCAUGAAUAUUACAAUGGAAUGACCAAGGAUCAGUUUAGGAAGAUGCAAGAGUUUAUAGCCGGUCGGAGUUCGAAAAAGCCUUCUUCCAAGUUGUAGAAGUUCUAAUAUGAUAUCUUUCACUGUAAGCAUAAGAAUAUUGGGCUCCCAUAAUGCUGGGAAAUUGUUUAAUUUGCCCUUCUAAUAGAUCACAAGUCAACGGACAGUUCAAUGUUAUUGGGUACGUGGUGUUUGUUAACUGCAGCCUUGUUACCCUAUUUUCCAUUCUUCAUUUGAAGUCCAAGAGCAUGCAUUCUG